UGGCCUACGUGGCAGCCGCUGGAGCCGCGGACGGGGAGCGAGGCCGGCCGCCGGCACUUCCUGUGGAGGCCGCAGCGGGCGCGGGCGCGGGCGCCGACGGGCCGAGCGCCGAGGGAGCGAGCGAGCGAGCUAGCCGAGCCUCCCGCCGCCGCCAUGGGCCAGAACGACCUGAUGGGCACGGCCGAGGACUUCGCAGACCAGUUCCUGCGAGUCACCAAGCAGUACCUGCCGCACGUGGCACGCCUCUGCCUCAUCAGCACCUUCCUGGAGGACGGCUUCCGCAUGUGGUUCCAGUGGAGCGAGCAGCGGGACUACAUCGACAGCACCUGGAGCUGCGGCUACCUGCUGGCCUCCUCCUUCGUGUUCCUCAACCUGCUCGGACAGCUGACCGGCUGCAUCCUGGUGCUGAGCAGGAACUUCGUGCAGUACGCCUGCUUCGGGCUCUUCGGCAUCAUCGCGCUGCAGACGAUUGCCUACAGCAUUUUAUGGGACUUGAAGUUUCUCAUGAGGAACCUGGCCCUGGGAGGAGGCUUGUUGCUUCUCCUGGCGGAGUCCCGUUCCGAAGGGAAGAGCAUGUUCGCGGGCGUCCCCACCGUGCGCGAGAGCUCCCCCAGACAGUACAUGCAGCUCGGAGGCCGGGUCUUGCUGGUCCUGAUGUUCAUGACUCUCCUGCACUUCGACGCCAGCUUCUUCUCGAUUCUCCAGAACAUCGUGGGCACGGCUCUGAUGAUUUUGGUGGCCAUCGGCUUUAAAACCAAGCUGGCCGCUUUGACUCUCGUCGUGUGGCUGUUUGCCAUCAACGUGUAUUUCAACGCUUUCUGGACCAUUCCCGUCUACAAGCCCAUGCACGACUUCCUCAAGUACGACUUCUUCCAGACCAUGUCGGUGAUCGGAGGCUUGCUCCUGGUGGUGGCCCUGGGCCCCGGGGGCGUGUCCAUGGACGAGAAGAAGAAAGAGUGGUAACAGACCCCUCCCCGCCUGGCUGGGACCCGUGGCCGUCGAGGACUGGUUCAGGGUGGAUUCGCCAUAACUGCCAGCAUUUCUGUAUCCUCUCCCCUCCCCUCCCUUGGUAAAGGCACAGAUGUUUUGAGAACUUUAUUUGCGGACACCUGAUAAUUGAUGGCUAAAUCUGCUCUGGACCCCACCACCUGGUGUCUGACCGUGCGGAGCCGGCCGGCCCGUGGUCAGCACCUCCCUCCCCAAGGCCGGCCGCGGCUCCGUGGAGUGAGCAGCUUGCUUGGCUGUGGCCUCUCGGUCCUGGUUUUCUUUCGGUUCUUUUUUGGGGUGGGGGACCUUCAAGCUGUACUGUGAGCAGAUACAUUUGUGUAUCAUUCAAAGCAGUCUCCCUCUUUAUUUUUUUUUAAAGUUUACGUUUUUAGCUAAAACUACUCGAUGAUUUGGGGUGGCCCCGCCCAGCAUCAACACACUGGUUCCGACUCGCACCAGUGCCUUCCCCGUCGUUUCUGCCCUGCGUUGUGAUGCUUUAUAGGGACAGCGAGAGCAUGUAGAGAACCCCAGACCCAAAGCGUAAGGCAGCGCUGGAGGGGCAGCGAAGGUGCGGUGAGAGGCGUUCACCAGGGCCUCGACUCGGAUCGGUGCCGUUUUUAUGGGGCGACGCCCUGGGAGCGGUAGUGGCUCAAGGUGCGGACGGUGGCCCAUGGGGAGGCUGCCCGGAGCCCGCAGGAACCCGCCCCCCGGGCCCGGCAGCACGUGGGCCUCAGCCGCAUGCGUGGCCAGCUCGGUGGGGGCCAGCUGCCACCGCGGGGCCGGGCCAGAGCGGGGUGCUCAGACCGGUUACCUCACACUGAGCUGCCCCAGGGCCACAGCCAGAGCCAGGCCGGCGCUGCCUGCUGUCUCCCCCCUCCCGGGGCUCCCCAGGCCAUGCGGCCACCACUCCCCAUCUUCACGAGGCUGCGGCUUGCUCAGACUGUCCAUUUGCUAUGCUGAAUGCAGCCCAAAGUACUUUUUACGAUUUGUGAUGCCUUACCGAUUGGAUCUCGAGCCUGUAUUUCAAGUUUCCUAACAUUGCCUUAUACUGUUUCUCUUCCUGGGGAUGUGAGUGCUUCUUGCUGUUCUCCACUCGUCCGCCUCCUAGCGAUGCCUCUGUGCCUCCCACGGGGAGUCAGGGUCAGACCGACACGGUGAGGCUGGCGAACUCCCCUCCUUGGAGGCCUCUCGCAAGCCUUGCCUUGGGGCCGAUCUCACCUUCUCCGGUUCGCUCAGCUAGGGGUGCCAGCCUGAGGGCCUCCCCAGGGCUGCUGGGGCCAGUCCUGAACCCAGAUCCACGUCUACCUUCCAGGCCAGAGCCAGGGUGAGGUGGGGAGCAACCCGCCCCGCCCCUCCCCAGCGAAGCCCCUGGUCAGCUUCCCGGGGCAGGGGGGAGGCCGGCUCUUACCCACCAGUGCGCUUAGCGCCUUUCCAGCACCCUCCUGUGUCCCCGCCACUGCAGAGGCUCAACCCAAGACGCUCCCAAUCCCUCCCCCGGUGGCCCUACUCCCCGAGUAUUUAUAAGUUCAGAGGCUUUUCUACUUCAGUCACUGGGAUGCUCCCACACCACGGGGGUGUUCUGACUCAGUGCGCAACCUGGGCAGGGUGGCGUCUUGAUCUACACCCCCCUCCCCGUUACCCCAGCAUGAUGGCCCUGAUGAACGGCGCUCUCGGCCAGGUCGCAGUUGCUCCGUGACACUGUUUCUGGCAGGGUACGGGUCUUCUUCGGCUCCCUGCUAGGAAGACCUUUCUGGUUUGUAAAAACUGAGAUUGACCCUGGUGGCCAGGUGGCGUCGUGGCCACCAGUCCCGCCUCCCCUGGCCCUGCGUGGGCUAGUGCUCCGGCCGGGGGUCGAUGCCUACUCGGGGAGAAGAGAAAAACAGGAUCUACCAACUGGUUCUGGCGCAACGAUUUCUGAAAAAUUUUUUGCUUUAUGGGGGAGAUAGUUAUGAAUCUCAUUUUAUGCUGUAUUUUAUAUCUUAGUUGUGUUUGAAAACAUUUUGAUUUUUGGAGACACGUCAAAAUAAAUAGUGGCAUUUGUUGUA